AUGGCAGAGCGACUGGAGCAGCGCUACUGCAUCAAAUUUUGCCAGACACUGGGCGACAGCCAAGUGGAAACCAUUCGGAAGAUUCAGGCGGCUUUCGGUGACGAUGCUAUGAGCAGCACACAGAUUAAGAAGUGGUACAACCGGUUUAAGGACGACCGCACAUCGGUGGAGAGCGAGCCACGCUCCGGUCGGCCAUCAACAUGCCGAAAUGACCAGGUCAUUGCCGAAGGGAAUGCUGUGGUGAUGCGGGACCGUCGUGUGACUAACCGAGAAAUUGCGGAAGAGGUGGGCAUCAGCACUUUUUCUGCACAUUCCAUUAUGACGGAAGAUUUGGCCAUGAAGAGAGUUGCGGCGAAAUUCAUGCCCAAGUUGCUCAUGGUGGAGCAACUUCGUGUUGAAGUCUCACAAGACAUGCUGGAUUCCACAAACAGUGAUCCCGACUUCAUUAACACCAUAAUCGCUGGUGACGAGGCUUGGGUGCACGGGUACGACCCGGAAACCAAAUCCCAGCCGUCACAGUGA